GGACUACAGACACACACCAGCCCACAGCAGCCAGACGAUGGACUACAGACACACACCAGCCCACAGCAGCCAGGCGAUGGACUACAGACACACACCAGCCCACAGCAGCCAGGCGAUGGCUGCAAGGACAGCACCUCCAGCAGCAGAGUGCAGCCGGAGGGUGGCGUGGAGAAGUGGGCGGGACUGAUGGCCGUUCUUGAGGAGCUGUGGGCGUGGCUGAAGCUGAAGGACGAGGAGCUGAUUGGUCAGAGACUCUCAGGCGAGACUGCUCCGGGGCAGCAGCAGCAGGACCCAUGGAAGAGUUUACUCACUCCAAGAGACCAGGACACUGACAGCUCGAGAGAAAAGGUGUGGCUGUCUCUGACAGCUUUGCCCGCACAGGCUGAGGAUGGACUAACCGGUGGCCAGCCAAGUCCAGAUGUUGUUGUUGAGGAGCGCCCCCUGUGGCCGACCAGGGCAGCGCAGGAGCAAGAGGCCUCCCUGGAGCAGGAACAGGGCUGGCAGCAGCAGCUGCACUGGGCUCUGGCCAGGCUUCAGGAGCUCCAGGACGCGGUGGAUCGGUUGCAACAGAACCUGGCUGAGGGAGAGGAGGCAGGAGGGGGAGAGGGUCACCCCACAAGGGUCUCACCCACUGACCCAAAACUGGAACACUGGGAACAGUCCACUGGAGAAAAUGGAAAUGGACCCAUUAGGCCUCUGCAGCCGACACCCCUGUCCCAGGAGUUCCUGUCCACUUCGGUGCAGUUCCCAUGGCAACGGGCAGUCACCCAGAACAACGUUCCAUAUUACAUCAAUCAUGAGCUGCAGACCACCACUUGGGACCAUCCAAAAGUGACACAGCUGUUCCACUCUAUGGCUGAUCUGAACCACGUGAGGUUUUCCGCCUACCGAACAGCAAUGAAGACACGCAGGCUGCAGAAGGCCCUGUGCUUGGACCUGUUAGACCUGGGCAUGGCCCAAAGUGUCUUUGACCAGCACCAGCUGACCCAGAACGGAGAGUUCCUGGAUGUAGCUGACAUUGUGAGUUGUCUGGGGUCCAUCUACAGCAGGCUGGAACAGAAGCAUCCUGACCUGGUCAACAUGCCCCUCUGUGUGGACAUGUGCCUAAACUGGCUGCUGAACGUCUAUGACAUAGGAAGAAGUGGGAAGGUGCGGGCGCUGUCCAUGAAGAUCGGUCUCCUUUCGCUCUCCAAAGGACACCUGGAGGAUAAGUACAAAUACCUCUUCUGUCAGGUGGUGGCCCCGGGGGAAUCAUGUGACCAGCGGGGGCUGGCCCUGCUCCUGAGCGCCUCCCUCCAGAUCCCGCAGCAGCUAGACGAGGCGUCCGCCUUCGGAGAGGGCAACGUGGAGCCCAGCGUACGCAGCUGCCUCCAGCUGGUGGGCAGUGAUGGGGAAAUUGACCUGGAGCAGUUUGUGGACUGGAUGCAGCUGGAGCCCCAGGCCAUGGUGUGGCUGCCGGUGCUCCACCGGGUGGUGUCAGCCGAGAGCGCUCGGCACCAGGCCCGCUGCAACAUCUGCAGGGAGUGCCCCAUGCUGGGCUUCAGGUAUCGCAGCCUGAAGCACUUUAACUAUGAUGUGUGCCAAAACUGUUUCUUCUCGGGAAGGACAGCAAAGGGACAUAAGCUGACCUACCCCAUGGUGGAGUACUGUACCCCAACCACUUCUGGAGAGGAUGUGCGUGACUUCACCAAAGUGCUGAAGAACAAGUUUCGAUCAAAGAAGUACUUUGCCAAGCACCCACGGCUGGGCUACCUGCCAGUGCAUCUUUUCCUGGAGGAGGACAGUAUGGACAUGCCAGUCCCUCUUCUCCGCAUGUGCCCAGAACAGUACGAGAUGGCUCCGAUAGCGGGCUGGGAUCGUGCUGUCUCUGUGGAGUCCGCCUCAGCCACGGGAGCAGGAGGGGGGUUUCAGGAGCACGAGUUUAUCCUACCAGAGACGCACACUGCCAGCACGUCCUGCAGUCCCCUCCGCCCACAGCAAGGUGACCACCACAAACCCGGCCUCAGCUCCAGCCCCGUCAAAGGUCAAGCCAUACAGUGGAGCGAGAUGCCCGAGGAACCAGAUGGGCUCAUGUCUGCCCAGGAAGAGGAGAGUUGUUAAUACAAGUCGAGCUGAGUUCUAUAAUGUUCCUGAGCGCAAAUCGUUCCGUUGCCAUUUUCGGAUGGAUUUAUUGAACUAACAGACAGCAAGGUCAUCCAGGACAAGUGACUCUGAGGUGUAAAGAGAGUGCAUUAAAGUCAACAUCAACUACGCAAACCCAGACUGUUGUGGUGUGUUGUGACGUCAAGUUUAACUGUGUUUGGUAAUGAUGAGCAUUGGAAUUCUACUGAAGUUCUCUGUUACCACCCAAUAAAGCAGUAGCCUCCCCAGCUAGCAGUCUUAGCCGCUGCACAUGACUUCCCCAGAACUGGAGGAGAAUGUAAAGUAUGGGCACAUAUCCCUCAUGACUGCGCUCAGGCGACUGGCUCUGUCUUGCCUGUCUAAUCAGCACAUACACUUUGUUUUCUCAUUGAGCACUAGAAAAUAAACCUCUCAUACAGUCA